GGGGAUAAAGGCGCGCGGGGCGCAGGAAAGCGGCGCAGAAGUCGGUCCGUCUGUGCUCGGCCCUCCGCGUCGCAGACCCGGGAGGAUGAGGCUCGCCGUCCGCCCUCUGCUAGCCUGCGCGGUCCUGGGGCUGUGUCUGGCUGUCCCUGAGAAAACUGUGAGAUGGUGCGUCAUUUCAAGUCAUGAGGCUAAUAAGUGCGCCAGCUUCCGCGACAAUAUCAAUAAAGUCCUUCAGACUUCUGGUCCUUUUGUCUCCUGUGUGAGGAAAACCUCCUACCUCGAGUGCAUCAAGGCCAUUGAGAAUAGCGAAGCAGAUGCUGUGACGUUGGAUGCUGGUUUGGUAUUUGAGGCAAGCCUGAAACCCUACAACCUGAAGCCUGUAGUGGCAGAGUUCUAUGGCUCAAAAGAUGAACCGCAAACUAACUAUUACGCUGUGGCCGUGGUGAAGAAGGGCACCAACUUCAAGCUGAACGAGCUCAAAGGCAAGAAGUCUUGCCACACAGGCUACGGCAGGUCCGCUGGGUGGAACAUCCCCAUGGGCAAGCUUUACUGGGAAUUGCCUAAUCCAAAGGAAUCUCUUCCGAGAGCAGUGGCCGAUUUCUUCUCGGGCAGCUGCGUCCCCUGUGUGGAUCAGAAGGCCUUCCCCAAACUGUGCCAACUGUGUGUGGGGAAAGGGACGGAAAAGUGUGCCUGCAACUCCCACGAACCGUACUUCGGGUACUCAGGGGCCUUGAAGUGUCUGACGGAUGGCGCUGGGGAUGUGGCCUUUGUCAAGCACUCAACAGUAUUGGACAACCUGCCUGAGAAGGACCAGGAAGACUAUGAACUGCUUUGCCAGGGCGGCCGGAGGCCUGUGAACGAAUACAAGAAUUGCCACCUGGCCCGGGUCCCUUCCCAUGCCGUUGUGGCCCGAAGUGUGGACGGCAAGGAGCACUUGAUCUGGGAGCUUCUCAACAAGGCCCAGGAACACUUUGGCAUAGGCACAUCUGAAGACUUCAAGCUCUUCAGCUCUGCUCCUGAUAAGGACCUGCUGUUUAAGGACUCUGCCAAGGGGUUUUUAAAGAUUCCCCCCAAGCUGGACCCCCAGCUGUACCUGGGAUAUGAGUAUGUCACUGCUCUUCAGAACCUAAGAGAAGAAAAGACACGCCCAGUCACCCCAACGGGUGAAUGCAAGAAGGUUAAGUGGUGUGCAGUGGGCCAACAGGAGAGGGAAAAGUGUGAUGAGUGGAGUAUAAAUAGUGAUGGAAAAAUAGACUGUGAAACAGCAGAGACCACGGAAGACUGCAUUGCCAAGAUCGCGAGAGGAGAAGCUGAUGCCAUGAGCUUGGAUGCAGGCCACAUCUACAUAGCAGGCAAAUGUGGUCUAGUACCUGUCCUGGCAGAGAACCACAAAACGACGGGCACACUGUGUAAAAAUAAACCAGAGGAAGGAUACCUUGCUGUGGCUGUGGUUAAGAAAUCAUCAGGUGCUGAUCUCAACUGGAACAAUCUAAAAGGCAGGAAGUCCUGCCACACCGCAGUAGACAGAACUGCUGGCUGGAACAUCCCCAUGGGUCUGCUCUACGACAAGACUAAGAGCUGUCAAUUUGAUAAAUUUUUCAGUGAAAGCUGUGCCCCUGGGUCUCAGGUAAAUUCCAACCUCUGUGCUCUGUGCAUCGGCUCAGAAAAGUUUCCUGGAAGGGAGUGUCUUCCCAACAACAAUGAGAGAUACUAUGGCUACGCAGGGGCUUUCAGGUGUCUGGUUGAGAAGGGAGAUGUGGCCUUUGUGAAGGACCAGACUGUCAAAGAGAACACUGAUGGAAGUAACACUGAAGAGUGGGCAAAAAACCUGAAGAAGGUUGAUUAUGAGCUGCUGUGCACUGAUGGAACCAGGAAGUCUGUAGACGAUGCUCUGAACUGCAACCUGGCCUCAGGCCCGAAUCAUGCUGUGGUCACACGGGAAGAUAAGGCAGCGUGUGUUCGCAGCAUAUUAGACAAACAGCAGGAUCAAUUUGGAAAAGAUGGCAGUAACUGCCCGAGCAGUUUUUGUUUGUUCAGCUCUAAAACCAAGGACCUUCUGUUCAGGGAUGACACGAAAUGUUUGGCUCCGCUUGGGAACGGAACAACGUAUCGUGCCUACUUAGGAGCGAAUUAUGUUGAGGCUGUGGCUAACGUGGGACGAUGCUCAGGCUCAAGUGACCUCCUGGAAGCCUGCACUUUCCACAGAACUUAAAAUCCAACAGUGGGGCCACCACGUGAUGGAGAUGGGAGCUCACUGGACCCAGAUGCUUUGCCUGGUUUCGCUGGUCUGAGUGGUUUGGUUGCCUUCACAGUUUGGUGGUGGCACCUCUGCAGAACAAAAUAAAAAUAAAAGUUACUAUUGGUUUUAUCUUUUAAAAACUUCAUUUUUUCCCUAAAUGUUUGGAAAGACUAAAUACACGUGCAACAAGCCCUUCCUUCAGAGCUCAAAAUUCAUUUGCUCUUUCCCACUGCCACACCUCCAAGUAGGAAUUUUCUCUAAAAGGGGUCUGCGUGGUCAUUAUAAUAGAAUCAAGUGUAUAAGGCUGUGUGUGUGCACGCGCAAGUGUGUCUGUGUGUGCUGCUGGGGAAGGGGCAGGAAGGAGGAUGCAGAGUAAGUACUGAGAUGGUGUGCUCAAGGCAGUACAGAAAAAGAAUAUAGGCGAUUUACAUAUU